AUGGUGCGUCUGUACAACCUGCACCCUUUUGGGUCGCAGCAGGUGGUCCCCUGCCAGCGGGAGCCUGAGCAAGUCUGCUGCGGCGGGAGCGACGCCCUGUUCGUGGCUUCCGGCUGCAAGGUGGAGACUUUUGCGGUUCAGGGCGCAGAGCAGUGCCGGCAGCGCUGCGCCUUCUCCACGCUAGGCAGGGUGCUGCGCAUGGCCUACAGCGAAGCCGGAGACUAUCUGGUAGCAAUCGAAGAGAAAAACAAAACAAUAUUUCUGCGUGCUUACGUGAAUUGGAGGAGUAAGAGGAGCGACAACUCCCGGGUGUGCAUUCGAAUGGUGGGGCACAGUGUGGAGGCAUCGUUCUGUGAAAGCUUCAGAGACCAGAUGUCUAUAAUUGAAAUGCCAAUGUCUGAGGCCCCUUUGUGCAUUUCGUGUUGUCCUGUGAAAGGAGAUCUACUUGUUGGAUGCACAAAUAAGUUAGUCGUAUUUACUUUGAAGUAUAAUAUCAUUAAUGAGGAAUUCUCAAUGUUGAACUUUGAACGUUCGUUAAUUAUACACAUAGAUAAUAUCACUCCUGUUGAAAUCUCUUUUUGUGUUGGAUAUGUUGCUGUCAUGUCUGAUUUAGAAGUCUUACUCCUAAAACUGGAGUCAGACCCUAUACAUGGAGAGAGAGUUAACCAGCACCCACAAGAGAGCAGUAACCCAUUGGAACAGACAGAAGAUGUCAGUAAUGAAAGUUCACAGCUUGAGUCGGAGGAUUUUGUUAUCUGCCUAAAACCCAUGGAACUCCUUGGUGAAAAAUGCGAACAGUCUGGAAUAUCUGUUAAACUGGAAUCCACAGGAUUAGAAGAUGAAAAAGUAAAACAUUUACGUGUUCAGCAUCUACUGUAUAGACGUUUUGCUCCAGAUAUUUCAGUCUAUGCCUUGUCUGAUAACUUCAAGUUACAUUCCCUUCAGCUGCUACCCAUUCACCAAACCGGUUUUCAUCCUGAUAAAAAAGACUUGUCUCAGAAAAAAGAGAUGCUGAGUCUCUUCUGUUUCUUCUCAUUACCUCACGUGGGCUAUCUGUAUAUGGUUGUGACGUCGGUUGAGUUAAUGUCAGUCUAUUGGUAUCCUGAGAAGUCUCAGCAAGCCGUGCUCACACCACAAUUCUUGCAUGUCAUCACAAGCCAAAGCCUGCAGUGUUUCACGGUGAGAUGCAGUGCAGCGGUGGCUCGUGAGGAGGACCUAUACAUGGAUACUACACUAAAGGCUUGCCCACCUGUCAGUAUGGACGUUUGUGCUCUAAGGAUACAGCUUUUCAUAGGCUUGAAAGCCAUCUGUCAUUUUAAAAACCACAUCAUACUUCUGACGAAGGCAGAGCCUGAGGCCAUUCCAGAGAGAAGAGAGUCACCCAAGAGACUUCUUUCUAGAAAAGAUGCCAGUGUUAGGAGCGGAAUCCCUCAAGUAGCUGAGGCUGGAUGGAAUCUGUAUAUCGUGAAUACCACUGCACCAGUUCAGCUGUACAAGGAAAUGGUAGACUAUAGUAACAGCUACAAGACUGUGAAAACCGAGAGCUGUCUCCACUUGCUCAGCGAGGCUCAUCUGCUGGUGAGAGCUGCCCUGAUGGAUGGCAGUCAGCUGGAGCCUGCAGAGAAAGCAGAGCUCCUGGAAGCUUUUAAAGAAAGCUGUGGACACCUUGGAGACUGCUACAGCAGGCUUAACACUGAGCAAUCCCAUCUCGCCUUGCCAUACUAUAAGAUGUCUGGUUUGUCUCUGGCUCAAGUCUUGGCCCGUGUAGAUUGGACAGAAGAGAGUGAAUCACAGAAAUAUGAAAAAGGAUUAGUAUUUUACAUUAAUCAUUCUCUAUAUGAAAACCUGGAAGAAUUAAGUGAAGAAUUAGCAGCAAAAGUGGCUCAGAUAUUUCAUGCGGCUGAGCCGAAGCAACUGCCUCAUGUUCUCUCUAGUCCUUCUAUGAAGAAUAUUGAUCCUUUAACUGCCUUGCAUUAUUUAAGGAAGCUGGAUACUUGUGGAGUUUCACCAGUCUUAGUGACCUUGACCAAGGCUGCAGUGGCCUUGAAAAUGGGAGAUCUUGACACGUACAGGAAUGAGAUGAAGAGUCAUUCAGAGAUGAAGCUGGUGUAUGGCUUCAUUCUGGAACCCCGGCUGUUAAUUCAGCAGUGGAAAGGACAGAUGGUUGCUACUGAACUUGCAAGGAACUUGAAGGAAACUCAGCCUGGAUUGCUGGUGGCUUCAGUCCUGGGCUUACAGAAGAAUGGUAAAAUUGGAAUUGAAGAAGCUGAUUCUUUCUUUAAGGUACUGUGUGGAAAGGAUGAAGACACAGUUCCUCAGCUGUUGGUAGACUUCUGGGAAGCUCAGCUCGUAGCUUGUCUCCCAGAUGUGGUACUUGAGGAGCUCUUUUUCAAGCUCAUAUCUCAGUACGUCUGGAGGUUAUCUGAGAGGCAGUGUCCUGAUACCACACCACUGAGAACAGCAGAGGAUUUGAUAAAUGCCUGCAGUCAUUAUGGCUUAAUAUAUUCGUGGGUUCAUGUCUUAAUGACGUCUGAUUCCUUAGUUGAUAAAAAUUAUACAGAAGACCUUUUGAAAUUACAGUCUCUCAUAUGUAGCCCUUCGCUGGACAUAGCUUCCAUUUUUCCGUUUCUGGAGCCACUCUCAGAAGACACUGUGGCUGGCCUCAGUGCUCAUGUUCUAUGUCAUACACGCUUACAAGAGUAUGAACAGUGCAUAGACACAUUGCUCGAGAGAUGUCCAGAGGCAGUCAUUGCAUAUGCUAACCAGGAACUGAAGGAUGAGCACUGGAUUCUUUGGUGGAAAAAGCUACUGCCUGAACUCUGUCAUAGAGUCAAGUGUGGUGGAGAGAGAUACCACCUUCACCUGUCAUUGUUAAAAGAAACCUUGUCAGUAGUCGCUAUGGGCCUGGACCUGAGGGAUUUCAUGAAUGUUCUCCCAGGAGAUGGGGUGGCAGCGUUUUUCCUGCCAUACCUCCUUUUCUGCAGCCGGAAGAAACUGCCAGCUUGAUGUUAUCCUUUGCUGCACACUGGCAUAAGUGACUGCACUAUCCCACUCAUAAAGGAGAAAAUAAAGAUACCUGUUCUCCCCUGAACACCUGUGCUCCGUGUCACCCCCUGAACACCUGUGCUCCGUGUCAUCCCCUGAACACCUGUGCUCCGUGUCCUCCCCUGAACACCUGUGCUCCGUGUCAUCCCCUGAACACCUGUGCUCCGUGUCAUCCCCUGAACACCUGUGCUCCGUGUCAUCCCCUGAACACCUGUGCUCCGUGUCAUCCCCUGAACACCUGUGCUCCGUGUAGUCAUCCCCUGAACACCUGUGCUCCGUGUCCUCCCCUGAACACCUGUGCUCCGUGUCAUCCCCUGAACACCUGUGCUCCGUGUCAUCCCCUGAACACCUGUGCUCCGUGUCAUCCCCUGAACACCUGUGCUCCGUGUCAUCCCCUGAACACCUGUGCUCCCUGUCGUCAUCCCCUGAACACCUGUGCUCCGUGUCAUCCCCUGAACACCUGUGCUCCGUGUCAUCCCCUGAACACCUGUGCUCCGUGUCAUCCCCUGAACACCUGUGCUCCGUGUCAUCCCCUGAACACCUGUGCUCCGUGUCAUCCCCUGAACACCUGUGCUCCGUGUCAUCCCCUGAACACCUGUGCUCCGUGUCAUCCCCUGAACACCUGUGCUCCGUGUCAUCCCCUGAACACCUGUGCUCCGUGUCAUCCCCUGAACACCUGUGCUCCGUGUCAUCCCCUGAACACCUGUGCUCCGUGUCAUCCCCUGAACACCUGUGCUCCGUGUCAUCCCCUGAACACCUGUGCUCCGUGUCAUCCCCUGAACACCUGUGCUC